AUGGCGGACGCGUCGGAGUCUACGCGAUGCAGGUUACCCACAGAUAAGGUCUUCUCUAUACAAAUAGGCCAAGAUCUAUUUCGUCUAUCGGGAGCUUCAAUUGCCUCAGAUGCACCUUCCUACUUCUCGCGAUUCUUCGAAGAGCAGAUGCGCUUCCCUGAGUCCCACUCUAUCCGCACCUUAUAUAUCGAUCGCGACCCGGAGACCUUCAAAGAGAUCGCAAGGCAUUUGCAAGGAUACCAUGUUCGGCCACGAGAUGGUGCGCAGUUCGUCAAGCUGUUCGCUGAUGCUCAAUUCUAUAGCUUGCCCCGAUUGAUGUCCCAACUCUUUGAAUCCGAAAUCUUUAUCCAAAUCGGUGACCGCCACUUCCAGAUCCCGCGCGAUAUCUUCUCGAGCCCAGGCGACUCGCCCAAUUUCUUCACAUUAGGCUUCGGGGCUUUCUUCGCAUCCCCCUCAGAGGUUUUCCCAGGUCUCGACCGUGUAGGACUCCUCCGCCCACCAGCUAUCACACCCCCAGCCGUACCGAACAGGUCAGCGGAGGUCUUUGCGCAACUUCUACACAUGCUACGCGGAUACCCACUUCAUAUUCGAAACGAUGAACACCGAGCCGAGCUUCUGCGUGAUUGCCGAUACUUCCAUCUCCGAGGAUUGGAACAGAAGUUGAUACCGCACAAUAUCAGCGUGAACCCUUUCAACCAGCGGUCGGAAAUCGCCAUACGACUCGAGGAUGUCCGGCCCUCAGGUAUCCAGCUUGCCCAAAAUUCCAUAAAUCCCAACUCUACAACACACUUGGCUAUAGGCGGGUUCGUGAUGUACGCUCGUCCCUUCGUGGAUGAUAAGCCCUUCGAUCUGAUGCUUGAAAUCGGAGGGGAAUCGACAAUAAUUAGUCGUGCAGGUCAACUUGCGGACUUCAUUGGCCAAACUAAGUCUCGUAUGGCCAGUCUUAUACAAGUGGUGGGCAAAAAGACGAACCUGCCUGACACCACUGUGGCUGGGCUUCCUCUUAAGGUCCGGCUGGGGCGAGAGGCUGAUAUCACUAUUGACGGGGAACGAGAUCCUCAGCGCAUUUCAAACCUAAUAGCCAGUGGUGAAACGGAUAAUGAGGGGCCUCCUGCCAAACGUCAGCGCUCAGAUGGGUCGGACGAUGGUCCUUGGGUAGUCCGGACGGGACAAUGGCGGCUGCUAGUACAGCAGGUAGAUCCUACUGGUCCUUGUGAGGUUGUCCUAAUCGCCCAGAAGCUGGAUGUUUACACCCAUCCGCGCACUCGUAAUCAAAUUAGGAAUUUCCUAUGA